AGCGCCUUUUGUUGGGAAAAUCUACGAACAAAAGACGGCUCCACCGCGUCUGUGCUUAUUUACUUGUGUCUUAGUGAAAACCAGCCUUGGGGCGAACUUUGCCGGUCUCCACUUAAAAAGUUCACAGCGAGGAGCCUUCUCUCCAUUAUCGGCUUGUAUUGCGUCUGAGGAGAAAGAAGAUCUCUCUCAGCCUAUCUUGGAGAGCUUAUUGACAAAACUAAGCCUCAUCCGGGGACAUUAUGAAGUGCGUUCAUCUGUUUGCUGUUGUUUUUCUCUCGAUGUUCCUCGUGGAAUGCAUCCGUGCAGCGCCACACGGACAAGGAACCAAUGACUUGGAACCUUUAUUCCGUGAUGAUGCUUUUGUUCUCAACGAGAGCAAUGACGAACGAGAGGAUUAUAAAAGAUUUGAAAGGUACUGUAAAGGUGAAAGAGGCUCUUGUUGGACCACUAAGGACUGUUGCGAUGAUCUGGGGUGUCUCCCGCCCAUCGGAGCAUUUGGGGGUGAUGGGACAUGCGUGAAAAAGAGCGAUUAUCCAAACCGUCGAUGGUAAUGGAUCAUGCCGCUACUGACCUGAGAAAAUCCUGCAUUUAAUGUUUUGAAUAAAUUCAAUUAACAUAGACCAUCAUUUCUGUAUGCACUGUUUAGAAUAAAAGUUGGAAAGCAGA